CCCGAUAUUAUGAGCCGGGUGCCAAAAAAUCAGUUCCUUGCCUGACUUUGUUUUGUGUACCAAAUUUAAGUUUCCGCUGCUAGAUAAAAUAAAUUGAGUAAUAUUUACUACACAAGCAUGAAUAGGUGGUCAAAUCCGCGGUUCCUGCUCGCGGCGCGGCAGCACAUACGUAAUCUCCACAAGCUGCGGAUUCCCUAUGCCCGUCCGAUGGGCAUCAGUCAGCGGAACUUCACCCUCGAGCCGCUGGCCACGGAACUCAUCCGCAUCCACGGGGCCGAGGUGGUGCCAUUCCUGCAGGGUCUGGCGACCAACGAUGUGGCGAAGAUUCAGUCGAAUGGGCCUGCCUCCCAGUACGCCCACUUCCUCAACAAAUCCGGUCGGGUCCUGUACGACACCACUUACCGCACCAACAAUCCGGACACCAUCCUGGUGGAGUGCGAUCGCGAGGCUUCCUGAUUCCGGCGCCAUCUGCGCACCUACCGCGUUCGCCGGCGCAUCGAAGUGGACAGUGUGGAUGAUGAGUACACCACUUGGGUGAUGUUUAACUUCCAGGAGCCUCGAGGCUGUGCCAAUCCGCAUCCAGAUCUGUUUGUAUCGCCCGAUCCAAGACUGCGCCUGGGCACUCGCAUCCUGGCGCCCACCGACAUGGACUGGGGCAAGCUGACCAAGAGUUUCGCCGACUUUGGCAUCGCCACAGCUGCCACCCAGGACAACAACUACCAGUUGCUGCGCUACAAGCAAGGAGUGGGCGAGGGCAGCUCGGAACUGCCGCCGGGCAAGUGCUUUCCCCUCGAGGCCAAUGCGGAUUACCUGCACGGCGUUAGCUUCCACAAGGGCUGCUAUGUGGGCCAGGAGCUUACCGCCCGCGUCCAUCAUUCGGGUGUGAUCCGCAAGCGUUAUAUGCCCAUCCGGCUGACGGCCCCAAUCGCGGGCUCCAGUCAGGAAGUAACCUCCGUGGCCGGAGCGAAACUGGGCCGCGUCUUUGGAUCUGCCCACAAUCAUGUGGCCCUGCUACGCAUCGAGAAGGUUCUCAACGGUCGCCCAGAGCUGAUGAUUGAUGGGGAGCGCUGCUUCGUCGAACGACCGGAAUGGUGGCCGGAGGAUCUGCCUGGAAAGCGCCGCCAGGCGUUCGCUGAAUGACCCACGAGCUGAUUUGAACCGCUAUUUGUUAUUUUACCAUUGUUAUUAGUGUAGUAAACGUAACCUAGUCAUCGUCAAA